UUUAACUUGAAUGUGUGUUUUGUAUGCAGGUAUACAGGAGAAGCUUGGCAUCCUGAAUGGCGGCCUCGUGUAUGCCGUGUAUGAUUACACAGCGCAGCAGCCUGACGAGCUCACAUUCAAGUGUGGUGACGCGAUGACGGUGCUGCGUCGUGGUGAUGAGUGUGAGCGCGAGUGGUGGUGGGGGCAGCUACACUCACCCCCCGCCCCCCACUCCCCCACUCAUGGCUACCUCCCCCGCAACCUCCUUGGGUUGUACCCCCGCGUGAAGAACCCUGUGCUGAGCCACGACGCGGGGCGCACGUCCGCUCCCGACGACCACCUGACGGACACUGGCGGCCUGGCUGCGGUCGCCGCCUCUUGAAGCCUUCCUCGCGUUGCCAUGGUUACCGAUAAUCUUGAUGUUGCCUUGGUUACCGGGAGUCCGC